GUUAUAAUCAUAAAGUUUUCGAAAUAUUAUUAUGUGGUUCCAUUCACAUCAAACAUAUGUGCUUGUAACUUAUUAUUACAUAUCUGUUAUGUAUGAGUUUGUUUACGAAAACAAAGUUUGACAUUAUUAUUUAAGUCGCGAAAUUGACAAAAUCAUAAAGUGCUCUCAAUAGUUAGUUUUGUAUUCAACAUAAAUCAGUCAAAAACCUUAAGCUUUUUACAUACACAAGUUGAUCCAAAUGUUAGAAUUCAUAUAAAUUAUAAAAUACACAUGCUUAUAUUGGACUGCCCAGAAUCAAGCAAAAUUACCGCUGCAAAUUUCACCGCCGGUGAUCCUAUAUUUACCAUAUCCUAUAUUUCUAUUUUACCUUUGGUGUUUUUUUGACAACAUCAAAGUACUGAAUGACGAAUUUUGUCGUUACGCUCUUGUUUUGGGUUAACAAUGAAAAUCGUCGGCCGUUGCCUUUCAUGGCUUUGGUUAUGUUUUUAGUUGAAAUGUUAGUAAAAUUUCAGGUGUAUAGUAAAAUUUUUGUGUGUAUAACUUUCUUGCAAGAGCCUUGGGUAUGUAUUCGGUGUUAUGCAAUUUUAACAACCAAAAAAAAUGCGUGAGCGAUGACAUAUCAAACCGUAAUAAAGUCAAUUGAAAGAUACGAAGUUAAAGAAAAUGUUAAAUGGAACAAACCCUGACAUAUUUAUAACACUUUCCAUCUUCGUUGUCAAUGUCAAUAAAUUGUUAUUUCAUAAAUAUUGCCUGUGGUUGCCUCUGGUGCACACCGCUGUUCUUCUACUAGCAUUGAUCAAAAAAUAAUUAAAGCAAUUAGUACAAAUUCCAAUUAAAUAUUUAAACAGUUUAAACAUUCAUAUUUAAAAUGCUUAAAAUAACACCAUUAAGAUCCAUUUUAAGAAGUUUGCCGAAUAGAAGACUAUCUAGAGCCAAAUAUUUAGAAAACAACUUUGUUCCACCGGAAAUUGGGGUUCCUGCUGUUAAUAAUAUUAUAACAAGAACAAAAGUAUCUACACCAAUUAAUACAAUAAUUAUGUUCGUUCCCCAGCAAGAAGCUUGGAUCAUAGAACGUAUGGGAAAGUUUUCUAGAAUAUUAGAUCCUGGAUUAAAUUUUCUUGUACCUAUAAUAGACAAAAUAAAAUAUGUACAAAGCUUAAAAGAAAUAGCAAUUGACGUACCGAAACAAAGUGCAAUUACAUCAGACAAUGUUACUUUAUCCAUUGACGGCGUAUUAUACUUAAGGAUUCUCGACCCAUAUAAAGCAUCGUAUGGCGUUGAAGAUCCAGAAUUUGCAAUCACCCAGUUAGCGCAAACGACAAUGAGGUCGGAGCUGGGAAAAAUGUCUUUAGAUAAAGUGUUCAGGGAACGUGAAUCACUCAAUGUUAGUAUUGUAGACUCAAUUAACAAAGCUAGUGAAGCUUGGGGUAUAACCUGUUUGCGCUACGAAAUCAGAGAUAUUCGCUUACCAAGUCGCGUUCAUGAAGCAAUGCAAAUGCAAGUUGAAGCUGAAAGAAAAAAACGAGCUGCGAUUUUGGAAUCAGAGGGAAUUAGAGAAGCAGAUAUAAACGUUGCUGAAGGUAAACGCAAGGCCACAAUUUUAGCAUCAGAAGCCGAAAGGCAAGAACAUAUUAACAAAGCUAGUGGAGAGGCUGCUGCCAUUUUAGCAAUUGCUGAUGCAAAAGCUAGGAGUUUAGAAACUAUUGCAAAAGCUCUAAAUGAUAUAAACGGAAAAAACGCUGCCUCAUUGUUCAUAGCUGAGCAGUAUAUAUCUGCCUUUAGCAACUUAUCUAAAACAAACAAUACAAUGAUAUUACCGGCAAAUGCCAGCGAUGUUACUUCCUUAGUUGGCCAGGCAAUGACCAUCUAUAAAAUGUUGUCAAAAGUAAAUGGAGAUAACUAUGUUAUAAAUAAUGAAAAACCAGCACAAACAAAUUUUAAUGUAGUUGCGGAUACAGCGAUAUCAUCCAGCAAUUUCAUGCAAAAGAAAGAUGAAGAUAUUGAAGAAAUCGAUACAGAAAAAAUAAUAUCCCAUAAAAAAGAUGCCAAAAGAAAAUAAAUUACGUAGCAAAAUAAUUUUAGUGUUUGCUUUAAAAAAUAAACUAGAACUUUAUUUUCCUGAAAAUUGGAUAUGUACAUCUCUGUACAUACUGAUAUUUUAGUGUAAUUAAUUUUAACCAUACCUUUAUA